AUGGUCCUCCGAUGUAUAGUUGGUAUCGGAGAGGCCAGUUAUUCCACUCUCGCACCAACGAUCUUGACAGACCUCUUUUCUGGAAAUGCUCGAACUUCGAUUCUUGGCUUCUUCUAUUUCGCGGUUCCCGUUGGGAGUGGGCUUGGGUUCGUUUUGGGAUCGGUCAUCGCAAACGCCACUCAUAAUUGGACUUGGGCGUUGCGUAUUACUCCCACACUAGGUGUUUUUUGCACUCUCGCCCUUAUUGCUUUCCACAAGGACCCCCCACGUGGACGCGCCGACGUAUCCCUCGGAUUUACAGGUGAUUGCUUUGUUCUCGGGGCACUUGCUUGGUUCUCAGUGGACUACAUUCAGGAUGCCAUCAAUGCAAGGGGCUACGGUGACGCUUCAAAAUAUCCUGUGGCGCUCCUUUUCGGCAUAAGCACAUGCUUCGCAGGGCUCCUUGGAGUCGUUGUGGGAACCGCAUUGGCUCGGGCCCUCCGAGUUUACAUAACACGUAUUGAUGCGUAUAUCUGUGGCGCUGGCCUUCUUAUGAGUGCCCCUUUCGUAUUUGCGGGUCUUGUCUCACCAAUAUACAGCUUCUAUCUCUGUUUAGGAUUCGUCUUUGUUGGUCAAUUCCUCAUUUGUCUGAAUUGGGCGCUUAUAUCGGAUGUGACAAUGUCUGUUGUCAUUCCAACGCGUAGGGCGACCGCGAACGCCUUUCAAAUGCUCAUGUCGCAUGCCCUGGGGGACGCCAUUAGUCCAUUUAUCAUUGGUUUGAUUGCCGACACUCAAAUGACGAGUAAUGAAGUGACUUCUCGUUACCUGGGCAUGCAACGGGCUCUUUUAAUGAACGUGUUUGUGUGUAUCAUAGCCGGCUUUCUUUUCCUCUGUUCAUCCUGGUUCCUUGAAUCCGCUAAAGCCCGGGUUCAGUUUAUAGUUGAAGCGUCUCAAGUUAACCAAUUUGAUGUUCGCGAGACGGAAGUGGAAGCGGAAAGUCAGCCUCUUUUACGAAGUGACGACCUUGGCACGGUGCGAACCCAGUCCUGGCACUCCUUUGCGCGAACAGACUUGGCACUGACCUAG